GCAGACUGGGAAGAAGGUUUUGGCCGAUACUUGAAGAGAUGGCUCCUAAAGGAAAAAGGCCGAUUGAUCUGAUUAGAUCGAAGAUACAUCGGACAAUUCACCUGUUGAAGACUCGCGUAUGUCGGUGCCAAAAAAAGUUGUUGAAGGGAGGAAAUGUGACAUUUCGCAGACGACAUAUGAAUGUAGCCGUUGGAGUCUGCAUCAGUCUUGUGAUCUUCUAUAAAUUUAUAUUGUCAGGUAGUGAGACCACCGUGUCAACGGAUGAGAAGGACGCUCAGAUGGUGCCAAGAAUGAAUGCCGUGAGCCAGGAGGAGUCGACUGAGACCGUUUGGGAAGCGGAACUGGAACGGCGUAAGAAUCUUAUAAUGGACGUCUGCAAAAAACAUGGCAUGUCGCUAGAUUGGAGGCCAAAUCCUAGCCGGCAGAAAUACAUUGUAGUAGAAGAAAAGAGCAAAGUUAUGGCAUGCUUAGUGCCAAUUCCUAAGUCAGGGUUGUCAGGCUGGAAAAGAUGGCUUCUGGCCAUUGGCGGCUACAUGAAUGGCACCAUGCUUCAAGACAUCGCGAUCUCCAAAAAGUUACAGGCGGAAUUAUCUGUCAAGCACCUUAAGUCAAUGCCCGCUUCAACACCCGAGCAACUGACUGCGUAUUACAAAGUGUUUUUCAUUGGGGAUCCUUUAGAAAGACUCCUUUCUGUGUAUAAGAAUAAGAUUGAAACAAACCAUUUUAACAAUCUGGAGGUCGUUUCAGUUGUAGGAAAUUACGUUCUAGAAAACUACCGCGGAGAAACCGCCAAACUUCCUGUGACCAUAAAAAGGGAAAUAGGAAAGGCCGUCUGCACUCUUCCUAACGGCCAGACGGUCGAAUAUUAUCAGAGAGAUAAUAAGGAUUUGAUCAGUCUUUCCUUCGAUGACUUUCUCAACUACGUUGUUGACAAUCCUGAUAAAAUGGACCUGUCAUGGCAACCUCUACACGAGAUCUGUCAGCCAUGUGGGAUUAAGUACGACAUGGUCGGCUAUUUCAGUUCGUUCCUAACUGAUAAUGAUAACAUCAUAAAACAUCUAAAAGUAGACCCGACUAUCAAAUUCCCGGACUAUUUGUAUGAUUCGUCUGAAAAAAUUAUGGAUGAAUAUUAUUCGAAAGUUAGUAAGCAGGUAUUAUCGAGGAUUAAGCAGAUGUAUGAGAUAGACGCCCAAAUGGCGGGAACGGUUCCGCUGGAAAGCGAAGUUCAGGGAAACGCGGCAAACAAUUCUGCGGCGACGAACGACACUGAUGCUAGUCAGUACGUCAAUCCAAUUCCUCCCCCUGAGGAGGAAUUCAUUUGACACCUUAUCGUCUGGCACCUUUAACGAAGAGACAUUUCAUAAUUAAUGUAUCUGAAAGAGGUAUUUUUAUAUUAUAGCAUGCUGUUGGAAACUGAGUGUCCCCCAAUGCGUGCCGUUGGUUUGCAAACCAUUCACAAAAAUAGCUUUCUUGAAAUUCAUUGUAUAUCUAUCAAAAGAAAGAAGAUAACUUUAAAGAAUAACAUCAUUAAUUGGUUUCGAGUGAAACGCAUAGAAUUUAUAUCGAUAUCUAAGAUGUAUUUUUGUCGUGACAGUAUCCUAUUUGUUAAAACACAUGGCCUGACAUUUACUCUGUCACAUUAAAUUGCACGUGACGUUACGGCCGCAACAGCUAUGGCCGAGAAAAUUGUUUAAAAAAAAAAGACACCUGUGGGUUGAAUACAUAUUCUGGACUAUUAAAGAAUUGUCAAGAUACAAGUUGAUUGUACGAUAGAUUGAAUAAUGUAAGACGAGCGUAACUCAAAAACAGAUUUUCUUGACAAGUGGUCUAGUCAGAUGACUGGUUUACAAUUUAUGUAAAAGUGUAUUUAUUGAAAUUGAUAGGCAAGUCGAACAAUUCGGAAAUUAAUUCCAAGUAUACUAUCAAGUGUGAUGCGGGUAGGACAAGAUGUGAACGAUCAGUAAACCCGUAGACAGUGUUGGGUCCAAUUUCACUCAAAAAUAAAUAAAUAAAUAAAUA